UGUGUCUUCGAAAGUACCAUUGUAGAAUGUACAGGAUAAGCCUACACAAUGGCCUUGCACUCGAGGCGCACAUAUCAAUUGCGACUCGGUAUAGCAAGAGCAGUAUGGAUACCAUCAUGUAAUUACUCCAUAAUGCGCUGCAUGCCUCAACCAGCUCCAUGUAUUUCCAGAGGAGAUGGAUUCCUCCAUCUCUGGGCUCAUACUGAAUAUGGGUAAACUCACGUGGUUGGAAAUUCACUUCGUCUUCGCGCAUGUCUUGUGCACUGACCUAGCUCAACUUCACACUUCACAAUGUUUCGACGCGGAGUUCCUCGCACACCCUUCUCAACGUGCAGAAGUAAACAACAAGAUAGGGUCUCAAAACUCCGUCUCCAGUCUGGAUGGCGAGUCAACCCGACCCGGCAAGCGCUCAAGCCAUUCCAAGGCUGUCGUCGAGAUUGGCCCAAACGUCAAGCCAUAUCGAGUCUCCAAAGACCUCAUCACUAAAAACUCCGAAUUCUUCCGCAAUAUAUUUCGAAAAAGUUGGGCCGAAGAGCAGGAUCAAAAGGUUUAUAGGUUGCCCGUCGCCAAAUGGGAAGUUCUCGAAGCAGUCGGGUAUCCGCGUCACAAGCUCCCGCAUGCUGGACCGCUGCAUCUGGAUUCUUACGAAACCCGCGAGACAGUCGAGAUCUACUUCGUCAAGAUGAUUGAGCUGGGCAGCUAUUUUGGCGCGGAAGAGUUGAUCAAGAAAUUGCACAACGGUUUGUCGAUCGGACCAUCAAGGCACAGAAGCGUGCUACCUACGGCGCAAUAAUCGUCGCUUUCGAAGCCCUGCCAGAGGGACACCUAGUGCGAGUGAUGCAGAGGUUUGCGGCAUUGCGAGGAGUUCGGAAAAGAAAGUACGAGCUACUUGAUCCAUCUAGGUACUAUCUCCAUCCUCGCAAGGAAAAGGACGACCGGGACGGUGCGAGUGCAGCAGGAGGCAAAGAUAAUUAAUGAAGCGUCUAUGUGACUCAGGGUGUGAUCAUUGCGAAGCGUGGAUCAUUUCUGGGAAAGUCGAAUGAUUCGUCGAGAUGGGCCAACAUUUAGAUCGAAAAGCGAUGUGGUGGACGGCAGGUGUGUUGAGAAAAAAAAUUACAAAGCGACGCGGAGUAUGAAUCGAGCAGCAACAACAUGAAUUCGAAGAAACAAGCCAUGGUGUGGACGUUUCGCAGCCUAAUCUCCAACGGCCUGUCUAACCAACACUGCAUGUAAUCCUCAGAAGGCCCUCAUCGCGCCAAUAUG